AUGCAAGAACGUCUACUUACAGCGGUGAUCGUGUCCAUGACAGCUGACGAUCUGAAAGCGUUCCUCUGCUCCACGGACUGGUGGGACCAUUCCUUCACUGCCAUGGAGAUAAUGUUCUUAGUCUGGGGAAUCCGACUGUGCAUCAUGGUGAGGAAAGCCCCAUCCGAAUUCAACGAGUCAAAAUUCAUCUCAAUCGCCAUUUACAACGAGUUUCUCCUCUCACUCUUCCUCAACGUGUCCAUGCUCUUCCUGCAAUCGCCAGCCAACCCAGACCUGUUAUUCAUCAUUUUCUUCUGCCAUACGCAGUUGACUAUCACUAUUCUCAUCGCCCUCAUCUUCGGUAGCAAGGCCUACCUGGUGCUAAAGGGACAGGGCAAGGACGAGGGAUCCUCCAUGACGAAGCCCAACGUGGCCAAGUUCCUGCAGCGACCCAACGCCGGGAACAGCCAGAACAUGCUCACCACCACGUCGUCCUCGGGGAACGUCGAGGGGGACAUGCUGGAGGAGUUCCGGAAGGUGUACAUGCAGCUGGAGGCGCUGAAGGAGCGGAACCUCCGCGCGGGUAACCGGGGCAUGGCGGCCAAGAUCAAGGCCAUGCAGGACGCGGCCAACACGGCCUCGUUCACGUCGGCCCCGUCGGCGCCGCCCGUCACCACCGUCGUGGUGUCGGAGAAGAAGGAGAGCAACGUGGAGCGGGAGCAGCGGCGGGCGGAGAGCCGGAGGGAGAAGAAGUGCAACGACGGCAUCAUCAUGAAGCCCUACGUCAACAACAUCCUGGCCAACAUGACGGACAAGAUCGUGUGCGCCACCUUCAAGGACGAGAUCCCGUCGCCGACCAAGGUGUCGCCCGUGAAGGAGGAGGAGGACCGGAGAGCGGAGGGAGGAGGGGGAGGGGGAGGUCCGCCGAAGAAGGACUGCAACACGGCCGACGGGGAGCACUGCAACAACCACUCGUGCGCGGGCGGGGAGGACCUGGCGCAGCAGAGGUGGCGGGAGGACGUGGACGAGGAGGAGCUGUCUCGCACCAGCUACAGCGCCCCCCACGACACCAGCGAGACCGCCUCUUGCCGCUGCCAAAGUGUCUCGCACGAGAACCUGUGUACCUGUGAAACCAAGUCCGAGGGGGACACCAAAAGUGACUCGGAGGCCAAGGACCUGAAGGCGAUGGGCUGUCGCAGUGCGGAGUUCCUCCUUGGAAAAAGUGUGUCGAGUGAGGCGACCGCAGACCUGUCCGAGAGGGUCUGUCGGAGUCUGGAGAACCUGGACGACACGAGCGCGCGAGGGGGACCCGCGGGGGAGUGCGACCUGAGCCUGGAGGACAGGUCGGUGAGGUCCGCCCACUCCACGCCGCGCCGGAACCAAGGACGCUUUAGAGAGGUCCGCGACCCCGACAGAGCGAGGGCGUUCAUCCUGUACAGUUUAUCCGAUCGCGCGACACUCACGGAGGAGGUCACGGUGUGA